AUGAUUAGAGAUCGCUUAGAGCAACUUAAAGAGGAAUCAAAAUUGCUACAUGCCUCAUCGUCGGAUUCAUUGUGUAUUAUAACCGAAAAUGAUAUUGUGGGCUAUGUUCACAAUGAAAAAACAAAUGGCAAAGAACCACUGCAUCCAGUCGACUCAAAUGAGCAGGAGGACAUGGAACAGGAUGAAGAAACACAGUUUAUUAUUGUACCACAUAAACCUGCCAUGGAUGCGCUUUUCAAAGUGUACUCCCAAAUGCUAGAAGAAUUCAAUACAAUACGAACUAAUUUGGACAAAAUGAGAGAAAUGGUUGCGGCGAAAAAUUCCAAAAGUUUCAAUGAAAAGGAUUUUUACAAUCUACGUCAAAGCUGUACAUUAAUCGGUGGCAAUAUAAUGAAUAAAUUCCAAAGCCUUGAAACAAAUCUGCCACAACCGGAUGAUUUUACAACACUGGCGCGUAUGAAACGUAUUCUCUAUUAUGGCCUAUUUCAAAAGUAUGUGGAUAUAUGGAGCGAAAUGGAGGAGUUUCUGCAGGAAUAUGAGAAUAAUUUGAAACGGACCCUAAGGGCCCAAUCGAGGAUAUUAAACAUUGAACUGAAUGAAGAAGAAAUCGAAACGUUGGUUACCUACAAACAAACAAAUCUAUAUUCAUGCAAUAUUUUAGAAGACACAGAACAUGCCCGCAAAACCUUAGAUGCUUUAACCGCCCGUUUGGGUGAUCUAAAGAAAUUGGAAAAAUCUCUCGAAGAGGUGCAUGCUGUUUUCAUACGACUUCAGACAUUGGUAGUAGAACAGGGCAUGGUCAUACAAAGCAUCGAAAAACAUUAUCUGGAUGCACAAGAUUAUGUGGAGCAAGCAGCUGAAGAAAUAAAAGAAGCAGAAAUUUUACAUAAAAAACAGAUCAAGUUUUGGCACAUAUUCCUUAUUUUUAAACGGAAAAUGAAAAUCAUUCGCCGUGAUCGGAUAACUGUGUUGCCCGGGAUAUUGAUGUCUAAUCCCAAAAAUACUCCAAUUUAUAUUAAGCAACCAACAACCUAA